AUGUCUAUCCCCCAAACCACAACCGCCUGGAAUGUGUACGGAUCCGGCCCUGGCGCUGGGACCAGUGCCCUACAACUGAACAAUAACCAGAAAGUGCCUCAAUUGAGCCCCGAGGACGUCCUGGCGAAGCUCCGUGCCGGCUCGCUGAACUACCGUGACCUUGUCAUCUGCAAGGGCACAUAUCCUCGCGUCGUUGAGGAUGGCGUUGUCCCCGGUAGCGAUGGAUCCGGCGUCUCAAGAUUCAAGAAAGGAGGCUGGGUCAUAACGGCCUUUUAUCAGAAUUUCUUCGGCAGGCCGGCUCCCACCGAUGCCAAUUUUGAGAAAGCCUUGGGUGGCUCGGCGGACGGCACGUUCCGCGAAUUCGGCCGUCUCGAGGGAUCGACUCUCUCAUGUGCCGCCCUUACAGCAUGGAACAGUCUCAACGGUCUCCAAACCCUCCACGCAGGAGACUGCGUCCUUACCCAGGGUACCGGUGGUAUCUCUAUCUUCGCCUUGCAAUUCGCCGUGGCCACAGGUGCCACGGUCAUCGCGACUACAUCCUCCGACACCAAAGCCAAGAAGCUAAAGGAACUUGGCGCACACCACGGCCUCGGCUGCAACCGCGUCAUUGAAGUCGGUGGUCCCAGCACCAUCAAGCAAUCGUUGGAGGCUAUUGUGCCUGGUGGUCACAUUGCUGUUAUUGAGUUCUUGACGGGGAUGGAGAAGUGUGAGGGUCAUCCGUCGUUCUUGGAGCUGUUUUCUCGUAUGUGUGUUGUGCGUGGUAUUGAGGUUGGGAGUCGGACUCAUUUCGAGGAGAUGAUCCGUGCUAUUAAGGUGAAUAAUAUUCAUCCGGUUCUUGAUUAUACGGUCUUCCCUCUGCAGCAGCUGCAGGCGAUUUUCCAGUAUCAGUAUGAGCAGAAGCACUUUGGGAAGUUUGUGGCUAGCAUUCCGUCAAUUCAAUAG